AUCCGCCCUCCUCCAGUAUAAAAUACUGCAAAGCCAACACGGUAGAUACAUACAUGCACACAGACGCUUAAAGGAGGAAUUAACAGUUGACUCUUGCUGUUUGGAAGGACCAAAGAAAAAAGGAUACCACCAUGAAAAGCAUCCAGUCCCUCGCUGGCCUCCUCCUGCUCCUCUGCUUUGUCCAGAGCAGUUGGCAGGUUCCUCUUCUGGAGGCCGAUGAGAGCUUCGAGGCAGACGACACGUUAGCUGCUGAGCCCAGGGAGCUGUUAAACAUAAAGAGACACUCGGAGGGAACAUUUUCAAACGACUACAGUAAAUAUCUGGAGGACAGAAAGGCGCAGGACUUUGUCCAGUGGCUGAUGAACAACAAGAGGAGCAGCAAUGCUGCGGACAAGCGCCACGCAGACGGAACCUUCACCAGCGACGUGAGCUCGUACCUCAAGGACCAGGCAAUCAAAGACUUUGUCGCCAAGCUCAAGUCUGGGCAAGUCCGAAGAGAGUAGGCUGCCCCCCCCAUCCCCCCCCCCCCCCCACCCGUAUCCUCUUCAUGCUCCCCUUACAGCAUCGCAAACCCCUGAAAACGGCCAACCUGUGUCUUGAUUCCACCAUAAUGACGAGAGAGGGUGAUCUUGACCCUAAUCAGCUUUUCCUUGUUGUUUUUCUGAUCCCACCCUACCCCCCUUUGCUCUUCUGAUUGAUGUUUCUCGUGGUUGUGCUGCAAUAAAUCACCUGAACUUUUCCCACGUGUUGAUUUAUAUACCACUGCACUGCACCAUGAAACACAAACACACGUCAAGAAUGUGACGCUCUCCUCCCGAUAUAACAGCAAAUAUAUCCAUGGCAACAAAUGAUGAUUUCCAGAUGUCAAUCAUUGAAGCUCAAAUGGC